GGGCUGGACCGCGCUCCCCUGCGGCCGCUUCCAGGCCGUCGACUUCCUACUGCCUCCGUCGGUCCCCGGGCUGCGCUGGUGAGAUUCCUCGUUCACUUUGUGGAUCACAUUCUUGGGGCAACUUUGGACACACAUCCAGGAAGAACUGUGAAGAGUAGAUCCUGAGCUUACACUCAAGCAAGGCAGACUCUUUAUAAGCGAUAACCAGACAUCAAAACUGGGAUGGAAGAGCCAGUUCCCAUAGAAGGCCAGAGCCAGCUGCCAAGCCCACACCAUGGCUCCCUGAGAAGGGCUGUGGCUGCUGCCCUGGCUCUGGAUGGGGAGUCAACAAUGGGUCGCAGGAAAAAGAAGAAGAAAGAGCCUCGCCCAGAAUCGAUCAUCAUCUACCGGUCAGAUAAUGAGAAGACGGACGAGGAGCCUGUGGAGUCAGAGGGAGGAGACCAACCUAAAGAAGAAGAGGGAGAAGAUUUCCUAGACUACCCGAUGGAUGAUAGUAUGUGGGACAUGCCUUCAGACAGCCGCUAUGUAACAUUAACAGGGACCAUCACCCGAGGGAAGAAGAAAGGUCAGGUGGUGGACAUUCAUGUCACACUGACAGAGAAGGAACUGCAAGAACUGACCAAGCCUAAGGAGUCAUCAAGGGAAACAGCAUCUGAAGCAAGAAACGUCUGCCAACUGGGAGCAGACCGUGGGCCCCAUGUGGUUCUUUGGACGCUGGUCUGCCUGCCUGUGGUUUUCAUCCUCUCUUUCGUAGUCUCUUUCUACUACGGCACUAUUACCUGGUACAACAUCUUCCUGGUAUACAAUGAGGAGAGGACCUUCUGGCACAAGAUCUCAUGUUGUCCCUGCCUAAUUCUUUUCUACCCAGUGCUUAUCAUUGCCAUGGCUUCUUCCCUGGGUGUCUAUGCUGCUGUGGUCCAGCUCUCUUGGUCAUGGGGAGCGUGGUGGCAAGCUGCCCGGGAUAUGGAGAAAGGAUUCUGUGGCUGGCUCUGCAGCAAACUGGGGCUGGAGGACUGUUCUCCCUACAGCAUUGUGGAGCUUUUGGAAUCUGACAAUGUCUCGGGCAACCUUUCCAACAAGGAUUCCACCCAGGAAGUGGAAACCUCCACUGUCUAAACUCCUGACAGUUUCCUUUCUCCUCUACAUCUAGUAACUUAUGUACUAUCUUGAAGUUCUAACAUUCUUUCUUAAAAUUAUGCCCCAUCCCACACAGUUCUUCUAGAAUAUCCAAAUCUACACUGGUCUGUCUACUAUCUUGAUGCAGAGCAAAGAAUGGAGCAAUUUGUGCCAAAGUUAUUUACUCAGUGGACAAACUACUUGAUUCCUUUCCCUACAAUGACCAUUUAUCUGGGACAAGUAGCUCUACUGCAUAUCAGUUCAGGAGCUUGAAGGUACAACUGGUGUCUGAAAUCUAUGAAUAUGUGACUAAAUGAGACCAGGAAGAUAGAGAGGCUUACAGGUAAUCAAGGUCAUUGGGAAAAUAGGGAUGGAGUGAAACAUUUAGAAAGCCAGGUACCACACUAUCCUGCAGUAGAAUUAAAGAUUUGGGUACACUCCUAAGAUUUAGAUUUUCUUUCCUAUGAUUAAAACCCAAAAUAUCAAUGGCCUAGACAAGACAGAAGGUUCUUUCUUUCGUAAAAGUCUAGAGGCAGAUCAUCCCUCUA